CUAUCGCAAACGAAGGUCCUUUCAACCCAUUGUCGUCCACAAGAAACUUUUCAAGUCGCCUUUCUAGAAAAAGUCAAUCCCCUGAUGACCAUCUCGUUUCAUUGAACUCGAACAACGGUGAAACAACAGCUACACCAGUAUGGCAACUAAGACGCUUGAGGCUCGUCUCAGGCAUCUGUCUGUUCAUGAUGAGAACGACAGGCAUGAGGGAACCAUUUCACACCAGAAGUCCAAGGAUACAGCCACCAGCACACGUUCAUCCGAUUGAGUCGGGCCGCCGGAAAGCUCCAGGUCUUUCGCUUCCCAGAUGACUCAAGCCAAAAGCGGACAAUCACCUCGGCGAACUCGAAAGCCCCUCUCGGUUGUUUUGACACAAAUACCUAAUAAAGCGGCCAAGGCGGAAAAAAACGACAUCACCAGUAUCAAGAAACAAAGCACAGUCGCCAGCCAUGUCAUCUCCCAAGUGGCCCAAGCCAAAGGCGAGGAACCCUAUUCUUGGGAUCGACAACCCUUCGCUGUGGUCAUUGUGUCGCAGAAAUCAUCAAAUAUAACGUCCGAGACAAAAGAACAUCAUGUUGGUGAUGCCAAGCGACAAAACACCGUCGCCAAACAUGGCGCUUCCCAAGUAGUUCAAGCCAAAGGCGGACGACCUCUUUCCCUGGUUCGACGCACUCUCUCUACAUCCAACGCCACGGUGAAGGCAGAAGAGCACCCCAUUCAGAUUAUCACACAACCCGUCCCCAAGCUAUUCCAUCUAGGCAUGUUUGAGAUUGGCAGGCCCCUAGGAAAGGGAAAUUUUGGACGGGUAUAUCUUGCACGAGAGCGACAGACCGGGUUUGUUUGUGCGUUAAAGGUACUACACAAGGAUGAGAUCCAACAGGGAAGAAUCGAGAAACAGGUGGCUCGUGAAAUUGAGAUUCAGAGCAAUCUGCGCCACCCCAAUAUCCUACAACUAUACGGCCACUUCCACGAUCGGAAGCGAAUAAUCUUGAUUCUCGAGUAUGCUGGCAAAGGGGAACUAUACAACCAUUUGCAGAGAGAGAAUCGUUUCCCCGAGUGGAUGGCAGCUCAAUACAUUGCACAAAUGGCGAGUGCAUUACGAUAUUUACAUCGCAAACAUGUCAUUCACAGGGAUGUUAAGCCUGAGAAUAUUCUUGUUGGUCUGCACGGAGAGUUGAAGAUGUCGGACUUUGGCUGGAGUGUUCAUGCGCCAAGUGGGCGCAGGCUCACGAAGUGUGGAACACUGGACUACUUGCCUCCCGAGAUGGUCGAUCCGAAGAGAUACGAGAAACCUUAUGAUGAAAAGGUGGACCUAUGGGCCCUAGGGGUUUUGAUGUACGAGCUUUUGGUUGGAAGCGCACCUUUUGAGGAUACACCUGUUAUGACACAGCGGAGAAUCGCCAGGGGGGAUAUGACGAUUCCUUCUUUUGUCAGCUCUGAAGCCAAGGACCUUAUCAAGAAGCUACUGGUGGUUGAUUCGGAUCAGUGGAUUUCUUUGGAACAAGUCCGACAACACCCCUGGAUUGUCAAACACUGCGAGGGCGCGGAAAAACAAGAUGAUAAGUCCAGUCGAGUUAUUAGUAGACGGUAG